CUCAUGCAUGAAAUUGGAAAAUACACUCUUUUAAUGCAAAACCUCUCUGUCUCUUCUACUGCUACUCUUUUAAGUUAACCACAAAACCUUUUGUAUGCAAAGAAAGAUCAUCACAAAACCUCUGUCUGAUUCUGAAACUAGUGGGGAUUCAUUAAUUGAGGUAUGGCUCCCAACAAGGUGUAUUGCGCUGUUAUUUUGUUGUUUUUCUUCUGUGGAGCGGCUUCGGUCUCCAACAGAAAUCAGAAAGCAGAAUUGGUUGUUAAUGCUUCUGGAGGCAGGCAGAUUCCUGAAACAUUCUUUGGAAUAUUCUUUGAGGUAAUCAAUCAUGCGGCUGGUGGAUUGUGGGCAGAGCUUGUGAGCAACGAGGUGUUUAUUUCAGGUUUUGAAGCUGUAAGACAAAACAAAUCCUUGAAUAUUCACCCUUGGUCUCUAAUCGGGGAUGAAUCAUCUAUAAUUGUUUCAACUGACCGAUCAUCAUGCUUCAAGCGGAAUAAGAUUGCACUUCGAAUGGAGGUACUUUGUGAUGGUGAUACGUGUCCUGUUGGAAGAGUUGGUGUCUAUAACCCCGGAUUCUGGGGAAUGGACAUCAAACAAGGGAAGAUUUACAAAAUUGUCUUUUACCUCCGUUCAUUGACCUCAGUUAAUAUAUCAGUAUCUUUAACGAGCUCGGAUGGAUUGCGGACGCUGGCCAAUACCAAUCUCAUUGCUUCCGCUGGUGAUGUCUCAAAUUGGACAAAGAUGGAAACUUUGUUGGAAGCUGAAGAAACAAAUCCAAAUGCAAGACUUCAACUGAAGACUUCAAAAAAGGGGGUAAUGUGGAUUGAUCAAGUCUCAGCCAUCCCCUUGGACACAUACAAGAGUCAUGGCUUUAGAAAUGAUCUUUCUGAAAUGAUUGCAAAUCUCAAACCUCGAUUCCUGAGAUUUCCAGGUGGCAAUUUUGUUGGAGGAGAUCUUUUAAGAAAUGCCUUCCGUUGGAAAGACACCGUUGGACCUUGGGAGGAGAGACCUGGGCAUUUUAAUGAUGCAUGGAACUAUUGGACGGAUGAUGGACUUGGCUAUUUUGAGUUUCUUCAACUAUCUGAAGAUCUUGGUGCAUUGCCGAUAUGGGUGUUUAAUAAUGGAAUGAGCAAUUUGGGUAGAGAAAAAGCCUCCAAUGUCUCACUUUUUGUGCAAGAAGCCCUUGAAGGCAUUGAGUUUGCUAUAGGUGACCCAAGCUCUAAAUGGGGGUCUGUACGAGCUGCAAUGAGACACCCUAAACCUUUUGACUUAAGAUAUGUUGCUGUUGGAAAUGAAGAAUGCUACUCUACAGAAAAAAAUGCUUAUAAAGAGAACUAUCCCAAGUUCUACGAUGCGAUAAAAAGGUACUAUCCAGACAUCAAAGUAAUCUCAAAUUGUGACGAAUCUGUGGAUCAACUAGAUCAUCCAACUGAUUUAUAUGAUUUUCAUAUUUAUACAAAUGCCAGUGACUUAUUUUCUAAGGCUCAUCACUUUGAUCAUACAUCACGUAGUGGUCCAAAGGUGUUUGUUAGUGAAUAUGCUGUGUCUGGAAAAGAUGGUGGCAUGGGAAGCCUUUUAGCAGCACUAGGGGAAGCUGGAUUCCUUGUUGGCCUGGAAAGGAAUAGUGAUGUUGUUGCAAUGGUAUGCUAUGCACCACUGUUUGUGAAUGUACAUGAUAGGAGUUGGAAUCCGGAUGCAAUUGUCUUCAACUCCAAUCAAGCAUAUGGAACUCCUAGCUACUGGUUGCAACACUUUUUUACAGAUACAAGUGGUGCAAUGCUACUUAAUACGACCCUCAUCACAAAUUCUUUAACUCCAAUCCUUGCAUCUGCAAUAGCUCAGCAGAAUUCAAAUGACAACAUAUGUUUUUUGAAAGUAAAGGUUGUGAAUUUCGGGAGCAAUAAAGUAAAUCUAAAGAUAUCAGUGUAUGGUUUAGAGUCAAAUUCAAUAAACUCGUCAAGAUCGACUAAGACUCUACUUACUUCCAACAAUGUAAUGGAUGAGAAUUCCUUUAAGGAGCCAAACAAAGUGGUACCAAGAAGUAGUCCACUUGAAAAUGCUGGCAAGGAUAUGGAAGUUAUAGUAUCGCCACACUCGGUCACUUCUUAUGAUUUGAUGUUGGAAAGACAAUGCCUAGGCACAAUGUUUGAUGAAGCACAGGCAAAGGAAGAUGAUUGUGAUUCUCACUUACCUCUUCCUGGGAAUUGUACAAAGGUUCAAUGUCUUAAUGCUUGCAUGGAUAAGUAUAAGACUUCACCCAAAAUCAUUAUCAAUGCUGGAUGUGAAACAAAUGAUAAGUGUUGUUGCAUCAUUGGAUAA